AUGUCCCCCCCAACCCCGCUAAAUCCUCCAACCCUCCAACAGCUCCUCACCCGCCUCGCCCUCGCAAAGCGCCUCUUUCUCAAACCGAAAUCCAAACGGCGCCUCACACAACAAACCACCACCACCAAAAAGAAGCCCACAACUACCCCUCCCACGCGGGAAUACUCCCUCCGCAAACGCCCUCCACCAGUCACCACUCCAACUACCAUACUCACCUCCUGGCGCGACGAAGACGACAGCACCGACGACGACGACUACGAUCCGCGAAUCGAGCGAGCGUACCUAAGACGCAAGAAGCCAGCGAAGCGAGCCAAGACAGAGAACGGGAACUUGAGUCUCAUUGUGAAGAUCAAGAUCAACAUGGAGAGUGAAGCCGGGAAGGCUUUUCUGGAUACGUUGGGGAUGUAUCAGGAUGAUGAUAACGAUCCGAUAGUUGACGAAAAGAGAACUAAGAUUAUGGGGGAUGAGGAUAUAGUUGAAGGAAUGUCAAUACCAUCAUCAGCGUGCAAGCCAUGCAUCGAAAAAGGGAGGUCAUGUUCCAUAACCAGUACACAUCUCCUGAAUGAUCAAGAACCAGACACAGGGACAAUGAAGUACCCAUGCGAACAAUGCAUCCAAGACACUAUCAUCUGUGAACCCAUGCCCACCCAACCCAUACCUACAGUCCCCAAUCCCUAUACAUCACCAUCAACUACACCACCCCCAGAAACCCAUCCUUCAAUAAUCCAAACCAUAACAACAAUAACCACCUCCCUCACCCACCCCAUAACCCUAACCCCAACAUCCCAAACCUGCUCCUUCUGCCCCUCCCUCCCCUACAGCCUCUUCGGACAGUACCAACCCCCGCGAACAAUCUCCGUCUUACCGAUCCUGCCCCGGGGGAAUAAACUAGGAGAUUACAUGGAACUACAUCCGCAAUUAUCUACUACUACUAGUAUUAUAACACGCAUAUGCGUGACAUGUGCAUUGGAACGAUUGCGGAUAAUGCUUUGCGGUACACACACACCCACAUUAUCAACAUCAUCACUAGCACCAUCUUCUGAAUCUUCUUCUACAUCAGAAUCGAAAUCAACAUCUCAAUCCAUCUCAUCACCAACAACCCACAAAAUCCUCCCACUAAAAGGCUACGACCCCAACACAUUCGACUUCGAAACCGCGUAUAAAAACCUCGCUUCUUCAUCAUCAUCUUUUCUGUCCUCAGCAUGUUCACUACAACCUACCACCACUACUACUACUACUAACCCCUGGUGUUCUCUGUGUCCGCAUCCUGCGUUUUAUGGAUGUGCGAGAUUGCAGAGUAGGGAUGUUUAUCUGGAGGAAAUCACUGAGCCUCAAGCAAUGGGUGUUGGAUGCGGGUUGUUGCUUUGUGAGCGGUGUGAGGUGUUGAUGCGGAUGUUUAAGGGAAGGGUGGAGGAUGUGGUGAGGAGGAAUGAGGAGGAUGCGGUGAAGAAUUAUAGUACUACUGGUGAUGGUGGGAUUGGAGGGAGUAGGGCCGAUGUGGGGUUUUUGUUAAAGGGGGAGUGGCUUUGGAGGGUGUUUAUGGGGGAAGGGGAUUGUCUUCUUCAACCUUUUGCUGGUUCUGGGAAUAGAUAG